GAGUGCAGGGUGGGGGAAGGAUCAGCUGAUCGGCGCUGCCGCAGGAGUGACAGGGGGACUGCCGCUCGGGUCUUCUUGGAUUUGGGGACUGUGCUGCGGUCAGGUAUACCUCUUGUGAACGGUGAUGAGAUUCUAACCUGACCGUCAUCCAUCUUGCCCACUCUUCUUUCCUGCUCCAAAUCACUCGUCUACAGCAUGGAAUUGAAAGUCUGGGUAGAUGGGGUCCAAAGAGUCGUCUGCGGGGUAACAGAGCAGACAUCUUGCCAGGAUGUGGUCAUCGCCCUGGCCCAGGCCAUAGGUCAGACAGGACGAUAUGUACUUAUCCAGACUCUACGCGACAAAGAAAGACAGCUCUUGUCUCAUGAGAGACCUUUGGAAUUCUUGGCCAAAAGUGGACAAUACGCCAAUGAUGUCCACUUUGUAAAACGCACAGGACCCAGCUUGGCUGAACGCCCCUCUUCGGACAGUGUUCCUCUUCCUCCAGAAAGAACUGUGGUCAGGUCUAGCUUGCCUCUUAAUCCUCGGGCACUUGGUACAGAAGUUACAAGGUCAAAAGAGCCUAAAAAAUCUUUGACUUUUAAUUUGGGACCCACGAGUUCUAAUGAUAUGUUGCUUAAGCAUAGACAGAAAUACCAAAAUUGCACAGCUAGUAAAGACACUUAUAGACAACCACCAAAGAGGAAAUCUUCAAGCUGGUGCUACAAACAACAAGAGCAGCUUAAAGCACUAGGAAUGCAAAAUGGUUCUAUAGGAAAGGACCUUCAGACAUGGGAAAGAGGCAGAGCUGGCGGACCUGAGGAGGAUGAUGAGGUUGCUUAUUUGGAACGACUUAUUCGCCGAAAUGAUGCUGAGCUAACAGAGGAGGUUUGGUUGGAUGAACUAGAAAGAGAAAGGACAGAUGAGCAAAAAAGACAAGAUAAAAUGAGACAAUUAAGAGCUACAAUGGAGGAUUAUACCCUUAAAAUUAAAGAACUGAGUGAAAGGACUGAGGCUUUAGAACAGGAAAUCCAGAAGGAGACCUCGAAAAGACUUUCAGGGGAGCCCAGUCCAGCUGAUAUUGAGGAAAUGGUGACAAAAAUGAAAAAGGAAUUGGAAGCAAAGACUGUACACACCCAUGAACUGGAAAGUAAUCUGUCUAAUGUGGAAAAAGCUUGUGAGGAGGCCAGAAGAAACCUAGAGGCAAGAAAUCAGGAGCUGGAGGAGCUUAAUAAGGACCUCAGACAGUGCAACCUCCAGCAGUUCAUCCUACAGACCGGUUCUACAGUCACAAACGGCCAAGUACGACUGGACGAAGAGUCUGUUUCGGAUCAAAGUAGCGCACAAUGGGAAGGACAGCACAGAAGUAGAGGUCGCACAGAGUCUCUUGCACGGACCAAUCCCAAUCAUCUAACAGGUCAUCCCCGUAACUUGCAGAACGCUCUUCUCUCUACCCGGAACCCUGAGGCUUUACCCUCACGGGAUACCUCAUGGACUUGAAGGAUAUCAUCUAAACGACUACCAGAAUCUAUCUCACCUUGUUAAAAAGUUAUAUCUAUAUAUGGAAUUACAUUAUGUCAGAAAAUAUAUCUAUCUAUCUAUCUAUAUAUUAUGUGUAUAUAUCUAAUUGUUUAUAUAUUUUUUUUGUAUUAUACAUUUCUUUUGAUACAGAUGUGUAUAAAGAAAUAUACUGGUACUACAUGUAAUAGAAAAGGUGGGGAACACGUUUGGUUAUUAAAAAUGUGAAAAUAAAAAAAUGUAAAAAAACUUUGCCACCUCCAGUUAGAACACUUUUCAGAUAUCUGUGGAUCUUUAUUUCAGUAAUAAAAAAAAAAAAGUACAAUACAA